CCCGGGAAGUCAGAUGGUGCGAGGGGAGAGUGAGGAGGAGGAUGCUAAUGAGAACGAUCAGGAGAUGGAUGAGGUCGCCGUGGAAGAAGAGAGCGAAAUGGUUGCUCGUUCGCAAGGGAGUAGUCAACAAAACGAUGGUCGCUCAAACUCUCCCGAACCCGGAGCAGCUGACGCGACGCCUGAGACUUCGACCGACAGGCUGGAGCCAGCUGCGCCCGAUUCUAAUAUCUCUGGCUCGCCCAAGCAGAUACCCAUAGAGAUAGUCAAGGCGGCUGGUACAGAGGUCGUUGACCUGCAUUUCGAUCUCUCCGCAACGUCAUCAACUUGGAGGCGGUUGGGCGAUAGCUCCGGAAUAGAACGCGCCACGAAGGAAUUGCAUGUCCCCGCGAGCUCACUUGCCCAGGAGGCAGGAAUUGAUGUCGGAGAAGACAACGGGACGAGGAUAGAGGAAGCACUGUCUAGGGUCAUUACUAAGGAUGACUUCGCCUCGAUGGAGAUCCUUGGACAGUUCAACCUUGGCUUCAUCAUUGUCAGAAGAUAUGGCGUGCACGCUGGAUCCGCGGACUCAGCAUUCCCAGUGGACGACCUGUUCAUUGUGGACCAGCAUGCCGCGGACGAGAAGUACAAUUUUGAGACAUUGCAGCAAACGACCAAGAUCAAUUCCCAAGCACUGAUCAGACCAAAGCUUCUUGAGCUGACAGCUUCUGACGAACUACUCGCUCUCGAAAACAUUGAUAUUUUAAGGCAGAACGGUUUUGAAAUAGACACCGAAGGAGGUUCCGAGGAGCAAGGGGAGAGCCGGAGGAGGCUCAGACUGGUAGCGCAGCCUGUCAGCAAAAGCACGGUCUUCGACAUCAAAGACCUUGAAGAGCUGUUGCACCUCUUGCGGGACCGGCCUCGAGGUCAGAUGGUUCGCUGCAGCAAAGCCCGCGCUAUGUUCGCAUCCAGGGCUUGCCGGAAGAGCGUCAUGGUCGGAAUGCCGCUGAAGACUCAGCAGAUGACCGCUAUCGUGAGACACAUGGGAACCAUGGACCAACCGUGGAACUGUCCUCAUGGGAGGCCGACGAUGCGUCACUUAUCGGAUAUCUCGAGCCUAGGCAGGGAUCA